AAGGUUCAUUGGUGGUUCUAUCUGAUUGUCAUACUGAUUCCAAUCCUCUUGAUGACGCUGCUAACAGCACUGUUUCUCAUGUAUCUAUGGAAACGGCGCGUCAUCGUUGUUCUGAAAGCUGUCAGGUUGUUUCAAGCGUAUGAAGAUGACGACGAACGGCAUUGGGACGCUUUCAUCUCGUACCGUUCUAAUACCCCGGAUGAAGAUUACUUCAUUCAUACGUUAUUCCCGAAACUCACGCAAUAAAUGGGUUUCAACGUGAACGUCCAUUAUAAAGAUUUUAUUCCUGGCAAUGAGAUCACCAACAACAUUAUCUACGCUGUGGAGAACAGUCGUCGCACGAUCCUGGUCGUCUCUCCUCACUAUCUCACGAGAAACUUCACCAAGAUGGAGUGGCAGUUGGCACAGCAGAAGAUGCUCGAGCGCAAGAACAAGAUAAUCCCCAUUCUUCUGGAAGAUAUCUCGUCCCAAAAGGACUCCAUGGACCCCAACCUAAAAAGUAGUCUAGAUUCUGUCACAUACAUCGAGUGGCCGGGAGAUCAGUCCAAGAAGGUUGAUAAGUUUUGGCAACGAAUACGUCUGUCAAUGUCAAAAAAGUAAAAGCAACCUCAGCACAUGAGCAAUUCGUUUCAAAAUGGUGGACUCAGUCAGCUUACAAAUUCGACCAAUCAGAAUUCAGACUUUUUUAACAAGUCAUUUGAACUUGACUCAAUGAAACCAAGGUAUGAAAGAAGUGUUUCAGAAAGUACAGAAGUGUAUAACCAUAUAAAUGAUAAUGAGAGGUUGGGUCCUGAAGAAAUUUACAGCAUUAUUAGCGAAGGGGCAAUAGAUCUUGACGUUCAACAUGUAAGUGACGAACACAGGCGUAAUGAGAUUAACAAUGAAAUGAAUGAUGACUGUGGACCGAAAACAUUAGUAAAUGAGGCUAAAAAAAUUAAAAACGACUACAUCUUCAAAAUCGAUGUUUGAAAAUUGCCUUGAGAGUACUGUAUGGUAGACUUUAAUAAAAUAAGCUUACACAAUAUUAUUUGGCAAUAGUUACGAAUGAUAUAUUCUUUACAAAACAAAUAUACUACAUAGUUUAAUUUUGAGCAUUGGUUGUACAUAAUUAAAAUACAAUAUCAGAGUAAAACAUUACAGAAUAUUAUAAAGGGGUCAAUGUCAUUGUGUAACAAUAGAUAAAGUACAUAAUUCAUUUCAUCAAUUUGAAAAAUAAACUUUAUCGAAAGCCUUGCAAUCUACGGUGCAGGUACCACAGUGUACACACAACUUUUAGUUUGUGACUUAUUCAUGUAUUUUCUAUACCAUAUGUUGUACAUAAAAGCAUUAAUUAUUUUAACCGUCUUCAAAAAAAGACAAACACAUUUAUUUUACCUCUUUUUACAGUUUAAAAUGUGUAUUUGUUUUAGACACACUUGUUUUGUGUAUAUGCCUGUGUAUGACUUUUUA